AUGGAGUGGUUAGUCCUCGCCCUGGUCCUCAGUCUGCCUCCUUCCGUGCGCGCUCUCUGCUCCGCGCAGUGCGAGAGGUGCGCGAUGGUGUCCAGAGCCGGGACCGAGGCCAGACUGUGCAGUGAGCAGUGUUUGGAGCUCGGUGACUGCGGCGCCCGGAGCCCGGAGCAGCGUCUGGACUGGAGUGAGGACGCAGCGGCCGCGGAGGAGGACAGUCGAGAGGCCGCUCUGGUCAAACGCUACGGCGGCUUCAUCAAAAGGAUCAACCACAAGGCGGCGCCCUGGAGUGGCGCCCUCAGCACGCUCCAGCGGCUGCAGCGUGACCAGGAUAUCCGCAAGCGAUACGGGGGCUUCCUGCGCAAGUUUGGACCGAAGACACGGAGGAGUUCUGUGGAAGACGUGAGCCGUGAGAGUCUAGAGGCGGGGCCAGGGGCGGAGCUAGAGGAGGGGCCAGGGGCAGAGCUAGGGGAGGAGCCAGGGGCAGAGCUAGGGGAGGGGCCAUGGGAGGGGCCAGGGGCAGCGCUAGGGGAGGAGCCAGGGGAGGAGGAGGUCCCCGCAGAGCUGCAGAAGCGCUACGGCGGGUUCAUGAGACGCAUUCGACCCAAACUCAACAACCUGAAGUGGGACAAGCGCUACGGCGGCUUCCUGCGCCGCCACUUUAAGAUCACUGCGCGCUCUGCCGAGACGCCGUACGCACAGCGGCGGUGA